ACGAGAUAGAGACUUCAGACGAGCAAAGAAAAGGCAGAACGUCUCUCUCUCUCUCUCUCGGCGUUUGCGUAGGGUUUAAACUCUGAAACCAAAAACCUCUCCUCUCUCUCUCUGCUUCGAAUCGAAUCAUGCGAAGAUUCAAUUCAGUUCUGCGGAGUUUACAGGCGCGACGAACAUUUGACUCCUCCGCCCUCGGAUUGCGACCAGGGUCUCAGAAGCCCUUCUUGUUCCAGCGUUACAUUCACGCUACAGGGAUAUCUUUCUCCAGUGCUCGUAAUUACUAUGAUGUUCUUGGUGUUUCUCCCAAAGCUACCCGCGAAGAGAUUAAAAAGUCAUUCCAUGAGCUUGCGAAAAAGUUCCACCCUGAUACAAAUAGAAAUAAUCCUUCCGCUAAAAAGAUGUUCCAGGAAAUAAGAGAGGCAUAUGAGACUCUGGGAAACUCUGAAAGAAGAGAAGAAUAUGAUAAGCUGCGUUAUCGGAAUUCAGAAUAUGUAAAUAAUGACGGUAGUGGUGCAGAGAGGUUCAGACGUGCAUACCAGUCCAAUUUCUCGGACUCGUUCCACAAGAUUUUUUCUGAGAUUUUUGAAGACCAAUCUAGUCAGCUUUCAUCUGAUAUUCGGGUUGAACUGACGCUCUCUCUUUACGAAGCUGUAAAAGGGUGCACAAAGCGUUUAGAAUUUGAUGCAUUUGUUUUUUGCGAUUCCUGUGAUGGGCUUGGCCACGCUCUUGAUGCUGCCACGAGAGUUUGUCCAACAUGCAGGGGCCUUGGACGAGUAACUAUUCCUCCUUUUACAGCACAAUGCCAGACGUGCAAGGGGUCGGGGCACAUUGUUAAGGAGCACUGCAUGUCUUGUAGGGGAUCUGGGGUCGUGGAAGCCACAAAGACGGUUGAAGUUGUGAUCCCUGGGGGGGUGGAGUCUGGCGCUACGGUCGCAAUCGAUAAUGCUGGUCAUGUAAGAUCAAGAACCAGUCAACCUGGAAAGUUGUAUAUCACAUUUAAGGUUGCUAAUGAUUCGACAUUCUCCAGAGAUGGCUCAGAUAUUUAUGUGGAUGCUAAUAUUAGCUUUACACAAGCCAUUUUGGGAGGCAAAGUUGUGGUGCCAACACUGUCAGGCAAGACAGAGAUAGAUAUACCAAAGGGUGCUCAGCCUGGCGAACUUAUUAUUUUAAGAGGCAAAGGACUACCGAAACAAGGAUUUUUUGUAGAUCAUGGAGAUCAAUAUGUGCGACUCCGUGUUAGCGUUCCUACUGAACUUAACGAACGUCAGCGCGCCAUACUGGAAGAGUUUGCGAAGGAAGAAAUCAACAGUGAAUUGAGUGGUUCUGCUGAAGGAAACUGGUGGGAUAGGAUGGGUCCUCGAAUCAUACGCGAUUUCUCCUUAGUGAUGCUGCUGGCGAUAUUGUUGAGAAAGUUAAUGGGAUGAAACCACCAAACCACGAGAGAUGAAAAAGCUAAAAAAAGCAAUCAGCAGAAGACAGCACAAGAACAAAAAAAAACAGCUCAAUAGCAUAACAGAAGGGUCAUAAUUUGACCUCAUAGUCUAUCACAAACUCAUUUGAUGUGGUAAUGAAAGAGAGAUACUUUAAAAUUUUAUGGUUUUUUGCAUAGCUUCAAGUUGUAAACGUCCUCUAAUCUAUUAACAGGGAUAAAUUGAAAUAAAGAAUGAUACUUUAUGAUGUA